AUGGAAGGAUGGGCCGUUUCGAGGCCUCCCCUCGGUCAGCUGGCGCUGCACGCCCGUGCCAGUUUUCCUGGCACGACUCGGCCGCAUCCUUCGGAGGAUCGGAGCCGGUUGGCGGCGCUCGCCUCCGGCGUGUCCUUGGCUUGGAGAGGACGCUUUGCAAGCGAGAGUCGGCCGUUCUUCCGUACAUGCCGACAUGCGCUGGAGAUGCCCGUGCGAGAAUCUUCCGCGCAGACCAUCGCCGUGUCGGUGCCUCGCUUAGACGAAGAGGUGAAGCAGAAACGUGCUGACCGAUAUCGGCUCCUGGUUUUCACUGAAAUUCUACUGUCUUUCACUGACACGGACGGAGAUAACAUCCGGCUCCAGAAGGAGGGCAUUGCCAUCAACGAGUACGUGAACGACAAGCUCGAGAUCCGGAGCAUGCAGUAUUUCGACAUCGAUGUCCAGGCCCGGUCAUACCAUGAUCCAACCGGCCGGGGCUGGUUCAGACCUUCAGAGGACGUGGAGGAGAUUGUCCGCAAGAGGGACCUCAUGUUUCUGGAGCGUGACUUCCUGGCCAGGUGCUUGAUGACUGUUUGUGGCCUCACCGAGAGCAGCGCCUAUCAGGUGAUGAUGACCGCUCACACUGAGGGCAUGGCGAUGGUCGGGACCUAUACCUUCGAAACCGCCGAGUUGUACUGCGCAGGUCUCAAAGCCAAAGGUCUGAGUGCCGACAUCUUGCCGGUGGAGGACGGUGAGUAG